AUGUUGGAGCGUAUGAGUACACAUUCGGGUGCGCCGCGAGAAUCACAGGUGAAGCUGCCGACGAUCAAGCUGCCGACGUUCAGUGGAAACAUCGAGGAUUGGAAAAGGUAUGCUGACACAUUUAAAACAUUAAUACAUGAUAGCAAUUUAUCCGGUGUGCAGAAGCAUCAAUAUCUCGUGGAAUCCUUGAGCGGUCCGGCAGCAAGGAUAAUCGAAUCGAUAGAAAUUUCGGAGCAAAAUUAUAUUAUCGCUUGGGAGCUGUUAAGAAAGCGAUACGAGGACGACAGAGCCAUCCGUAAGCGACACAUUCAAUGUCUUUUCGAGCUGCCGCGGGUUCAUCGGGAAUCCGCCGGAGCAAUUCGAGAACUCAUAGAUCACGUGCAGAAACAUCUACGAGUUUUGCAUUCCAUGGAGCUGCCUACGGAAUCGUGGGGAAAGCUGAUUGUGUAUCUGAUCGAGAAGAAUUUGGACAGCGCCACAAGAAAGCUUUGGGAGGAACACGCCGAGACAUUGGAAACAAUAACGACCAAUGCUGCGGUGGAUUUUUUGCAACGCCGAUGUCAAGUAUUGGAGCGAGCAGCUCUGAGCGAAAAAUCGGCGGACGUUACCAGCAAAUCAAAUCUCAGUAAUUAUGAAAAGAACAACGGUAAUAAAAAGCAUUCUUUUCAUUUGAAAUCUCGUGGCCAAACACUAGUAACGACAACCGUUUAA